UGUAAAGGCAGUACAUUUUUUUAAAUCCGUCGGGCAGCAGUUGUUAAAUAUGAAAAUGUAAACUUUCACCAUUUCUUAAGUCUCUCCUCUUCCUGCAUCCAUGGAUCUGCGUGUUCAGGACAGCCCCGACUCCUCCACCAGUCCCAGGGUAAAAGUACCACCCACUUCUGGGGAGGAGAGAACAGUGAGGAAGGAAGAUACGGCCCAGGGCAAGAAACAGAAGAUCAGGACCGUGUUCUCUCAGGCCCAACUCUACGUCCUCAAUGAUCGAUUUCAGAGACAGAAAUACCUCAGUCUCCAGCAGAUGCAAGAACUUUCCAACAUUCUGAACCUUAGCUAUAAGCAGGUGAAGACCUGGUUCCAGAACCAGAGAAUGAAAUGUAAGAGGUGGCAGAAAAACCAUUGGCCAAAGGAGAGCAAGAGUGUGACUCAGAACAGCACAGCAACUGCACAAUAUCCAGGCUUCUAUUCCUACCACCAGGGAUACCUGAGGAACACUUCUGGAAACCUUCCACUAUGGAGCAACCAGACCUGGAACAGCCAGUCUUGGAGCAACCACUCCUGGAACGGCCAGUCUUGGGGCAACCACUCCUGGAACGGCCAGUCUUGGGGCAACCAUUCCUGGGCCAGUCAGACCUGGUGCCCCCAAGCCUGGAACAAUCAGCUCCAGAACUGUGGAGAGGAAUCCCUGCAGCCCCAGAUCCAGUUCCAGCAAAAUUCCAUCAGCGAUUUGGAGUCCAUCUUAGCAACUUCUGGGGAAAGCCAUAGUGUAAUACAACAAUCCGCUAAGUAUUUUAGUACCCAGCAAAUAAUGGAUUUGUUCCCAAAUUACUCUGUGAACAUAGAGCCUGAAGAUGUGUGA